UUGCCCAUUUGCCCCAACCGACCGGGAGCCGAACCAAAUAGGCAACCUAAAGUAGAAAACAGUCCACGCCGCCGCGGCACCGAGCGACCCCGCGGGCGUCCUUGGAAGAAGACGAAGCGGCGGCGACGACGACCUAGGCAGACCGCUCGCUCGUGUUGGAGCCUGGAUGGCGUCCGGAGGCAUCGCCCGCGGCCGCCUCGCCGAGGAGCGCAAGUCGUGGCGCAAGAACCACCCCCAUGGCUUCGUGGCCAAGCCGGAGACCCUGCCGGAUGGGUCCGUCAAUCUCAUGGUCUGGCGGUGCGUCAUCCCCGGCAAGCCAGGGACUGACUGGGAAGGUGGAUAUUUCCCGCUAACUCUGCAAUUUGAUGAUAAUUACCCAACAACCGCUCCUAGCUGCAGGUUCCCAGCAGGUUUCUUCCAUAUCAAUGUCUAUGAUUCUGGAGUAGUAUGCCUAUCGAUACUGGGUGAUGCAUGGAAACCUUCAAUUACAGUGAAGCAGGUUUUGGUAGGCAUCCAGGAGUUGCUGGAUGACCCAAAUCCUAACUCAGCCGCACAGCAUCGAUGCUAUGAACUCUAUAAGAAGAACAUGCCAGAGUACAGGAACAAAGUCCGUGAGCAGACCAAGCGCUACCCUUCGCGCAUGUAGCUACUCUAGUAGUGCAUAAUAUUAGUGUGCAUUUCGUUGGGGACUGAAGUCUAGAGUUGCGCCGCGAUGGGGGUGUAGUUAGCGCAAUGGUAGUGUAUUUGUUGGAACUGCUGAACUGCACUUUUGAGUACAUCUUCGCUACGAAUUGUUCCGGGCCUCGGUAGCUUAUCUCAAUGUAGUUUGGGUGAGCUUUGCUGACCCUUUUUUUACUUUGUGAUGAAAAGAGAUAUCCUUUUCUUCCAA